AUGGACAAUACUGCUGAGACCAAAUUACUGUUGUUUGACUCAAUUUGCUCUGAGAUUAUUGGUGAAUCUGCCCCAUCAGUUCUUGGUGGCUCCGUUGAUGAGAUUGUAGAUCCAGAAAAUUUGCUUGAUCCAGUGAAAAGUCUUAUUGGAAAGACUUAUCUCUUUCUGGUAAAUGUUGAGAAAGCAAAUAUAUGGGAUGGUAAAGACACCUACAAGGUCUCCAAAGUACUCGUGAAAGAUGGCCUAAUUGAAGAACAGCUGUUGGAGAAUUCAUCAGAGAACGUCAAUGCAACGUCUAUUGUAUAUGGUGACCAGGGAGUUCUCAUGUUAGAAAACAGCCCGCAUACUACCGACUCUAUUACUCCAUCCUUCAAGCGUGUUUAUCCGGCUAAUGGAGCGACUUCUGAUCAAAACUCAGCUUCCAAGAAGUUGUGUAUUGAACCAAUAGAUUUAGAGAAGUGUUACUCAGAAUUUGGAGCUGAAGGAGUUAAUGAACAAUCUGAAGGAUCAAACAUGGAAGAUGGGGUUGGAAAGCAAAAGGAAGUCGGUAAUGGAAGUGGUGUGGACAAUUCAGUCAUUGAAGGGAAAAAAAUGAUGGUCGAAGUUAAGAUCAAGGUCGAAAAGAAGGAAUGA